ACAGGGAAGUGGUGAAGCUGAGGGUAUCACUCUGCUGUCAGUCUCCAACAUGACAACAUGCGGACUCCAUCUGUCGCUCUGCUCCUCGGUGUGUGUGUGCUGCUGCUGUCUGCACUGACUGUUUCUGCAGUCUCUCUGACCGUCAGUCCAAACCUGCAGCAGUUCUUCACAGGAGCCUCAGUGUCUCUGACAUGUGAAGGUCAGCUGGGCUCUGAUGGAUGGACGGUGAAGAGGGACACAGGAAGUGGGACUGAGUCAUGUGGAGCAGGUGGGCGGGACUUCGGGAGGUUCAAUGGUUCAUCCUGUUUCUUUGAUGAGUUCAAACCAGUCAGUGGAGUUUACUGGUGUGAAGGUGAAGCUGGAGAGAAGAGUGAAGAAGUCAACAUCACUGUAUCAGAUGAACUUGUGAUCCUGGAGAUCCCUGCACUUCCUGUGAAGACAGGAAGUGAUGUCACUCUACGCUGUGAAGGGAAAAAUAAUGUGAUAGCCCCAGCUUAUUUCUACUUUAAUGGGCGUCCUGUAAGUACUAAAUCAGAGAAAAACAUCACCAUUAACGUGCAGCAGUCUGAUGAAGGUCUCUACUGGUGCGCUACUGAUGAGUUUGGAUCAUCUCCUCAGAGCUUUCUGGGGGUCAGAGGUCCUCUUCCUCCCACAACAACAACAACAACAACAACAGAGACUGAUGUCUCCUAUCCACCUUCUCCUUCUCUUCAUCCUCCUCCUCUCCAGCCCUUCGUCAUCCCAAUCGUAGUUGCUGUGGUUUCUCUGGUUCUUGUGGUUCUGGUUCUGGUUGUGGUUCUGGUUCUGGUCCGGCUCCUUUGGAAGAAACACACAGUCCCCAAUGAGGCUCCUUCAAAUGAUGUCACCUAUUCUGAGGUCACCAGUAGAGAGUCAUCCAAUAAGAUGCCAGUCAUCCAACCAGAAAUGGUUUACUCCACCCUGAGGACAAACACUACAGGAAGCUGAGGACAGACCUGCAGAGCUCCUGUGGACACGUUUCACUGUGUCAGUCUCACCGUGGGAACAUUUACAGACAGUCAUCAGCUUCCUCCUUUCUUCAUUCACUUCCAUUUAAUCCAAUCAAUGGAGUCAUGGCGGCAACAAGUGAGGAAGGCGUCCUGUUUCCAGUUGCUCCAGAGAAACCAGGAGGAGGAACUGAAGAAGUCAAACUGCUGCUGGUUUGAUUCUCUGCAGCUUGAACUCUGACAAAGGUCGUCGACGAUGGAGCUGCUUCCUUCAUUUCAAUCUGAUCAAUACUUUGAACUCCUGCUGUAAUUUCAGCAGUUUUAUACAGUUAAUUUAAUACAGAUUUAAUGAACAGACAGAUCUGCAGAUGAUCAAUCAGGAACUUUCCUGUUUGAUAUACUGAUUAUUAGAGCAGGAAGAGAGGGGGCAGACUCAAUUGCCUCUUUGGGUACAGCAAGUGAUUUUCAGGAGGGGCCCAGCAGUAAUAAAUGCAUCAACUACUUUUUCAGCAUUUUACUCUGAGAUUGGAGAUUUUCUUUUUGGAGCCAGCCGAAUCUGAAUGCUUUGUUAUGUUUGAGUCUACAGUGUCUGCGGUGCUUCCCAAGAGGAGCACCACAGACCCUGUAGACUCCUCCUGUUAGUGUUUUUGUUUUAUUUAUUUAAUAUUCAUGUUGUUAUCUGUGUGGAUAUAGUGCUGGAGUGGACAGGGGUACGCAAACAAAUAUACAUUUUUACCGUGUGUGUGCUUCUGAGAGACAGAGUAAGAGAAAUGUGAGUGUCUGUGUAUGAGUGUUUAUCAUGUAACGUAGUGGAAAAGUGAAAUUCUGUAAUGACUGUAAAAAUGUAAUAAUUAUGAUGCGAUUGAAAAGGAGAAACAAAUGGCUGCACAGC